AUGACGCAGCACAUCGGUUUGAAGCCGAGUACGCUUCAAGAAAUUCCAGACUACACGCAGAAGGAUAACAGCCUUCUAGAACUGAUUAAAGUCAUCAAGGCUGGUUGGCCUGAAACUAAAGGAGAGCUAUCUCAUCUGGUGUUGCCCUUCUUUGACAUUCGUGAUGAGUUGAGCGCCUGCGAUGGCAUUGUCAUUAGAGGAGAAAGAGUAGUGGUCCCAAAGUCGCUGCGUCGAGACAUGUUUUAUCGUCUGCAUUAUGCUCAUAGUGGAGUUGUAAGCACCCUUUUGCUCGCUAGAGCAAGUAUAUACUGGCCAGGAAUGAGCGCUGAAAUCAAGCAGUUUAUUGAAAUGUGUGAUGUCUGCAGGGCGUUUGACCGGAAGCAGCCUAAGGAGACUCUCAUUCCUCAUGAAGUGCCCGGCCGGCCAUUGUCGAAAGUUUGGGUUAACGUGUUCACUUACAGGGGUCGAAACUGUCUCAUUUGUGUUGAUUACUAUUCUUCUUUCUGGGAAAUCGAUUCCCUUGACAAAACUACUUCGGGGGCGGUAGUACAGAAGUUAAAGUCGCACUUUGCAAGGAAUGGAAUCCUGGAGACGUGUGUACCUGACAACGGUCCUCAGUUUACCUCGACUGAAUUUAAGGAAUUUAGUCGCCAGCGGAACUUUGUGCAUGUAAGUUCGCCAGCUUAUCCGCAAAGCCACGGAAAGGUAGAAGCAGCUGUUAACUCCGCUAAAAAUGAGGAAGUCAAGAAAAGCCAGAACAGAUCCGUACCUCGCUCUCCUCGAAUACAGAAACACGCCUAG